AUGGUUCACUGGAACCUCCCUUCCCCCAUCCGUCACAACCGCGACAACAUAUACCCGUUCGGGAUGCUUCCGGCACCGAGUAGUCCCCCUGCACCUGGGGUGAACGCUAACCGUCGAUAUAUGGGAAUGGGCGUCACUACCACCUCAGAAGAUGAGCCCAGCGCCGACAUUGAACCUGAUUCAGUCACCGUAGAAGAGCUUUCCUUCGCGUGGAACAAGGUUGCUACCAGCGCUACGCCGGCCGCGUUGAAGAGGAAACUGAACCUUCGGCUUUUGCGAGCGGUUUACGAUGCCGAAGGAUUGGGAUCCCCCGGAACCCUCACAAAGCAGCAGCUCGCGGAGGCGAUUCUGAAAAAGUCUGAGGGCACGGUAGCACUCGCUGCCACUUCCCAAGACAACUCUCCGGGUCCCCGACCGCCUAAGAAGCGCGCCUGCUCCCUCAGUGCUGAUCAGUGGCGAACCUUUGGCCCCACACAUGCGUAUUGGUCCUUCCCGUUCGAACGGUUUAUAGGGCUGCUCCGACGUGCGAGCAAAAACUUUCGGCCAAGUGUGUGA